GACAGUUCAGACAGGUGACGUUUCCUUCCUUGUCCCCAGCCCCUGUAUAAAGAGGAAGUUUUGAGCUGGCAGCGACACAUCCAGGCUGCACGGCUGGGCUGAGCAGACGGAGGGAAGGUGGACCAGAGGAGUGGACUGGCUGCAAUGGGGACGAUGGAGGCCUGCUGGGUGCUGGGGCUGGCCCUCUGCCUCCUGCUGGGGCCUCUUGCAGGGGCCAAGCCUGUGCAGGAGGGGGCAGACCCCUAUGCUGAGCCUCCGGCCCUGCCCUACUGGCCCUUCUCCACCUCUGACUUCUGGAACUACGUGCAGUACCUGCAGAGCCUGGGUGCCUACCCACAGCUGGAGGACCUGGCCCGCACUUUCUUUGCCCACUUCCCCCUGGGGAGCACCCUGGGCUUCCACGUCCCCUACCAGGAGGACUGAGCAGCAUCCAGCCUGAUGCCUGCCUGGCUGCACUGCCCUUGCCUGGGGGUGACCCAUAGCCAUGGUGGGGUGGGGGUCUGGUGGCUUCACACCAGUAAACCUCCCACUGAAGAGACACCACAGGCCAUGGGGCGCCACAGGCCAGGGACACACUCUGACCUACCCCACAGCUGCACACAGUGCCUCCGCUCUAUUGUCUCGCCAGCUGACCUGGCUGGCUCUGAUCCCUGGGGACUCUGCUUUAAUAAAUGUCUGCACACUUUCA